ACCCAAUAGAACCAAAGAGUAUGGAUCCUAGCAGUCACGAAAGCUUUAAAUCUAGAAUCACUUGGGUUCAUUGUGGGUUGUCAUUGUGUGUGGAGCGGGCGGGCGCUGGGCUAUCGUGUGCACGAUUUGCGUAGUCGGCAUCACGCUGGGCCGGUCGAGAGGAGAGGGAGACGGCGUAGUGAUUGGGGAGGAGGAGGAGGAGGCAGAUGGCGGCUAAGCGGAUUUCACCGACAAAGCCGAUUACAGCCGCUGCCUUCCAUCGCCAAAAUAGGCGCAGGGCUCUCAUCGUACAAUCCGCCUCGAGCAGCAGCAGCAGGAGGAGGAGGGUUACUGCACCCGCUGGGCAUGAGGCUGCGUGUCUGCGACCACCACCACCACGAUCAUCGCCACCGCCACACCGCGACCACCUUCACCACCACCGCCACGUGGUGGCGGUAAACGGAGAUGGAGGCGGACAGACAGCGCCCGUGAGCAGGGUUCGUGACGGGCGGGCAGCUUGGGGUGUCGUGGCGCCGGAUCGAGUCGUCCCGGGUGCGGCGGUGAUGGCGUGCGCCCUGCGGCUGGCAUGGCUCCUCCUGGCCGGCGUGACCGCCGUGGCGUGCCGGCGCGAGCCGCGGCCGGCGCCGCCGGGCGAGCGGACGACCCCGGCGCCCUCCGGCCCUCAUCCGAGCCGCCACGGCAGACGGACGGACGGGGCGCGGGGCCGCGGCACCAAGUCCGAGCAGCAGCUGCGGAUUGGAGAGCACGACUUUACCAUGAGGCCCGGCUUCGGGGGCCCCGCUAUCCCCGUGGGCCUCGACGUGCAGGUGGAGAGCAUCGACAGCAUCUCCGAGGUGGACAUGGACUUCACGAUGACGCUGUUCGUGCGCCACACAUGGCGGGACGAGCGGCUGGCCUUCCCCAGCUCCAGCAACCGCAGCAUGACCUUCGACAGCCGCCUCGUCAAGAAGAUCUGGGUGCCCGACGUCUUCUUUGUGCACUCCAAGCGCUCCUUCAUCCACGACACGACCACCGACAACGUGAUGCUGCGCGUCUACCCCGAGGGUCACGUCCUCUACAGCAUGAGGAUCACGGUAACGGCUAUGUGCAACAUGGACUUGAGCCGGUUUCCUCUGGACACGCAGACGUGCGCCCUGGAGCUCGAGAGCUAUGCCUACACGGAGGACGACCUGAUGCUCUACUGGAAAAACGGCAACGCCUCUCUCUCCAUGGACGAGGACAUCUCCCUCUCCCAGUUCCUCAUCCAGGAGUUCAUGACCACGUCCCGCCUCGCCUUCUACAGCAGCACAGGCUGGUACAACCGCCUCUUCAUCAGCUUCACGCUGCGCCGUCACGUCUUCUUCUACCUGCUGCAGACGUACUUCCCCGCGCUGCUCAUGGUCAUGCUCUCCUGGGUCUCCUUCUGGAUCGACCGCCGGGCCGUCCCCGCUCGCGUCUCCCUGGGCAUCACCACGGUGCUCACCAUGUCCACCAUCAUCACGGGCGUCAACGCGUCAAUGCCACGCGUCUCCUACGUGAAGGCGGUGGACGUCUACCUGUGGACGAGCUUCGUCUUCGUCUUCCUCUCCGUGCUCGAGUACGCGGCCAUCAACUACCUGAGCACCCUGCAGGAGCGGCGCCAGCGCUGUGCCUGGAAGAGGAUCAUGAACGCCUGCGUCUCCCUACAGCCCGUGCCUCUGCCGUACGACGCGCAGGCCCGCCCCGGCGGCCACCGCGGCUCGAUGGCCCUGCUGGGCGACCCGCCGGCGGCGCCGUCCGCGACGGACGGCGGCGCCGACCGCGGCGUUCUGGGCCGGGGCGGGCGGUACCUGGAGCGGCAGCGCGAGUACCUGGGCCGGGUAGGCGCCGUCAUCCUGCAGCGGUCGCACGCCAUCGACUCGUACUCGCGCGUCCUCUUCCCCGCCUCGUACAUCCUCUUCAACGUCGUCUACUGGGCCGUGCUGUCCUAGCGACCGGCGAUGCCGCCGGCGCGGCCGACAGCGGCGGCUGAAAGCGCAGGGAAUGCGUGAGGCUGCCCGCCGCCUCCCAGCCCGACAAAAACUAAAAAAAACGGGAUGGAAAUGUCACAAGUACUCGAAUUGUAAUUGUUG